UGAAGGGGAACUUUUGCAGCCGUUGGCGGCGGUAUGUACCGCGCGAAAUGAAUGAAACGGACUUCAAAACGGAGUGGAAUUGAUUUUAAAAUCAUGUCUUCAACAUUCUUCAGAAACCAAAAUGUUGAUGAGUGGAUGCGAGUAUUGGGUCUUUACCAACAGGUGUUGAAAUUGAAAGCAUCAAACAUAAAGAAACCAGAAGCAGGAAAAACCUUGAUUGAGCUGGAUAAGUGGUACCAAGAGAAGUUGAGUCAUGAUAUUCAAGGCAGAAAGGAUAGGUACUUGACCCAUGCUGAACUGACUAAACUAAUGAGUUGGAAGCUUGCUAGGGGUAAAUUUCGUCCACGUCUCGCUGAACUAGUUCAAACAAACACUCCGGAACUGGUAGAGACAUCAAGCAAAAAAGCCUUCCAGAGCCUACCAGAUUUAAAAUCAGCUCUUAAACACCUUGUUGUCUUGAAGGCAGUUGGACCAGCCACAGCUUCUGCCAUCCUGGCAGCUGGAGCUCCUGAUCAGGUGGCGUUCAUGGCUGAUGAGAGCAUGCUGGAGAUUCCAGGCCUAGCACCACUUAACUACAAUGCCAAGCAGUUUGAUAAAUACAUGCAAAGUAUCCAGGAAUGUGUGGAACGUUUGAAUAAACAAGAUCCAGAAAAGAAGUGGACACCUCACACAGUAGAGUUGACAUUGUGGACGAAUUAUGUGGCCAACAAGCUAGAUCCAACCAUUUUGGAGGAAAAGUCUAAAAAGAGGAAGUCCACAGAGAACAGUGGGGAUGAAGUGCAGACCAAGAAAAACAAGGAGUCAUGACUUCUUCAGCAUUAAUGAUUAAAAGUUGUUUUUUUUCAAAGAGUUUAUAUUACUGUACUUUAUAGACUAUUUAUUUGAUUGUGUUAAUUCCUUUACAAAAAUGGUUAUUAUUUUGGAGGAAAUUUUGUGUUUCAGACUAUAUUUUUAUUCAUUUUUAUUGUAUUUGUAAGUUGCUUUAAUUCUUGUCAGAAAUGGUUAUUAUAAAGUUUUUUUAAUUUUUAGAAAUGGUACUGUGAAGUAUAUGAAACAAAAACAACUUGCAACAAUAUCCAAUCACAUAAUAUUACCAGUAAUUUAUUAAUGUAUGAUUCUAAGAAAUUAAGUGCUGAAAAUAAUAUAAUUGAGCACAUACAGCACAUUUGGAAGUCUGAAAAAAUAAUCAGAGCGCUUACAACAUUAUUACUUUUGGUAACUGAAUACACAUCAUGAAACAUGUAUGGUGUACAAACUAAUACAUUCAACAUUUUACCAUUGCUACCCAUCUGAUUAGAAACAAGAACAAGUUGAGUAUUAAGUUGGUUAAAAGUGUUUUAUGUUUAUAGGACUGAUAAUAAUGUGAGAUGAUGUAUGAUAAAAAGACAGACUAUGCUUUAUAAAUAAAAGUAAGAUCGGAACAGA